AUGGUGAAUCAAAGGGUUGCGCUUCCUACAGCGGUCGUGAAAGCUUCAAACACCAAUACCACCGGAGCGUCGGUCUGCAAGGUGCUGAUGGACUCAGCAUCAAUGGGAACAUCUGUGUCUGAAGAUCUAGUCCAACGAUUGCGGCUCUCGCGUAAAAACGGGCGCAUCAAGGUUGGUGGAAUUGGAGGAGCAAAAUCAGUUAUUACAAGAGGUAUCGUAUCACUGCAGCUCACAUCACGUUUCGACAGCAACGUGUCAGUCAACAUUGAUGCUUUUAUUCUGAAUCGCAUUUCACACCAGGAUAAGUCAGAUCCGGUCAACACGUCUCAUUGCGAUUUUCCACCAAACCUGAACAUGGCAGACGACGGUUCGCUUAUCUCUCAGCCAAUAGAUGUUCUCAUUGGCUCACAACGUUUCUUCGACUUUCUUACUGAUGGAAAAUUUACCAGCAAAACAGGCUUUCCAACCAUCCAAAAUACUAUCUUUGGUUAUGUACUUGCUGGCAAAGUGCAUAACGGCGGGGAGGAUAUCUGUUCAUACUCUGUCACUGCCUCAAUUAAUGACUUCAAAGUUGAUCAAGCAUUAUGUCGCUUUUGGGAAACAGAGAACGAGCCGCAAGUGCUGAGAAAACUUUAUACUCCGGAAGAACAGUUUUGCGAAAAUCAUUUCCAAAGAACGCAUGGCUACGAUGAUGCUGGUCGGUAUAUUGUAAAACUCCCUUUCCGAGAUGAUUCACCGCGCCUAGGUGACUCUUACACUUCGGCUCGCAAGCAGUUUGCAAGUCUUGAAAGGCGCUUUGAACGCGAUGAAUCUCUUUUCAAUCAAUACAAGGCCUUCAUGGAGGAAUACAUUGCAUUGGGACAUAUGGAAAAAAAUCCCUGCCUCUGA